AUGCUAAACAGAGUCAAGUUGGAAAUGAAAGAGCCCAUGGAUUGGAAUUCUCUGUACCCAGAGACUGAGGUAUAUUCUGGGAUACACAGCAUGAAUACCGGUCUGCCCAACAGCUCAUUCUUGUCUAGUGAUGUUUCCACAGUACCUCCAAGCAUGGCAUUUAUGAAUAGUGGCAUCCCUGGGCCUGUCAACAGCAUCCAAACCAAUUUAGGUUCACUUGGUCCAAUGACCCAGAGUAUGGGAGCUCCAUUAGCUCCACCAGUUUCUUCUUCAACAUAUCCAUUAGGUUACUGCCAAGGAGAGGCUGAAUUUCAGAGGGAUCCUCGUACUUAUCGCAGGAAUUACUCUCAUGCCAAACCUCCAUACUCCUACAUCUCUCUUAUUACUAUGGCCAUCCAGCAAUCUCCGAACAAGAUGAUGACUUUGAAUGAGAUCUAUCAGUGGAUCAUUGAUCUGUUCCCUUACUACAGACAGAACCAGCAGCGAUGGCAGAAUUCCAUACGCCACUCUCUUUCAUUUAAUGAUUGUUUUGUUAAGGUCCCGCGAUCACCAGAAAAGCCAGGAAAAGGCUCCUACUGGACUCUGCACCCAGAUUCUGGCAAUAUGUUUGAGAACGGAUGCUACCUUAGAAGACAGAAGAGGUUCAAAUGUGAAAAGAUGAGGUCUAGUGAUGGAGAGAAAAAAUCCAACAAGACUGGUGAAGACCAAGGGGGGAGCUUAAGGGAAAAUGGAUAUGAUGAAUGUUCAUCUUCACAGUCACCAAAAACUGUAGGCAACAAUGGGGAAAUGGAUUCAACAGUGCCUAACAUUCCUCAGUCAACAGGAGCUUCUCCAGCAGCUGUUAGCCCAACAUCUGAACAAGUGGGAUCAACAUCCCAGCUAAUAUACCCUCUGAGUCUCUCUGGUGAGGGUUACCUUGGGCUUGUUGGAGAAGAUACUCAGUUAAAGCAUGAUCCAUUCUCUGGCAGGCAUCCUUUCUCAAUCACCCAGUUGAUGUCUUCAGAACAGGACCAGUCCUACUCCUCUAAAAUGGACAUGUGUCUCACCAAUGACCACCUUGUCCAUUACCCUAAUUAUAGCCCUGACUAUCACAAUAUGACAGUCAAAAAUGGACUGGAAAUGCCAUCAUCUUCCAAUGAUAACAACUAUUAUGCUAACAUGUACUCCAGACCCAUUUUAAGCUCCCUGUAA